CGGCUGUGUUUGUCCCACAGUGCAGCGCUGACCACAAGUCCAAUUGGAAGUUUAAUUAUAUUCAAUUUUAUAGUCCAAUUGGCAACAAGGAUUACUACUACCUACCCUCAACAUGUUCUUCAAGCUGCUCUUCGUCUCCUGCCUGGUUGUGGCGUUGGCCAAGCCACAGCUUCAGCCCGCUGCCCAGUAUCCGGCUGGUGUCAAUCCACAGGACUGCCCCAAUUUCCCGCUCUGUGAUAAUGCGCGCCUGCACAAUCCCCAGUCGCAGUGGCAGCAACCGCAGCCCCAGUGGCAGCCACAGCCUCAGCCCCAAUGGCAGCCACAGCCCCAGCCCCAAUGGCAGCCACAGCCCCAGUGGCAGCAGCCGCAACCUCAGUGGCAGCCACAGCCCAGCUGGAACCCUGCACCCGCACCAGCGCCCGGCGGUGGAGACAAAUACCCAGCUGGCAUCAAUCCACAAACCUGCCCCAACUAUCCCUACUGCGAUGUGAAUGCCGGCCAUGCCGCAGCGCCUGUUGCCGCACCACCAUUGCCCGGCUGGACGGAGCGUCUCUAUCCCGCUGGCGUGUCGCCACAGCAGUGCCCCAACUUCCCCUACUGCCACUAAGAGCAGCAACCGCAUCUUUACCGCCUCUACAUACUCUCUUCCUCUCUAUAACUGCGCGAUCCUCUCCUCAUUUAGCUUCCUUCUAGUUCUCAACUUUUGAAAUGCUUGUUCUUGUUGGCAUCAAAUAAAAAACUGAAAACAAAACAUGUUGGUCACA